CCCGACGACGCGCCAAGUCCACAGCAUCUCACAUAUCCAGCCUGCCCAAGGACAUAGCGGCGCAUAUCACCAACUUCAUAUGGCCGGAUCUGAAGGCUCUUCGCAUCCUGUCCAGCUUGAGCCCGGCCUUCUACACCGAGGUUCUUCCAAGAAUCUACCCCGUCUCCCGGGUACGACUGACCCCCCUCAGCAUACACCGCGACCUUGAAGGGUUUGAUACCCCCUACCAAGAUGUACCCUCAAGCCUGAGGAGCUGGCACUUGGUCAAGGAUGAUGCGAGUAGUUUCGAUGACCAGGAGGCUGCCUACUGGAAUACCAAGUACUUCAGUACAGCCCUGGUUGAACAUCUAGUCAUCGAAGGCCAAAAUGCUAUGGUGGAGCUGGGGACGGUGCUUGGGGGAAAUCUUUGAGCGAGAAAGAUCAGGGCCCUCGCCAUAGGCCAUGAGGAGAGAUCGCCCAAUGGUCGCAUCUCUACAGACGCUCGUGCUCGAGUGCGACGACCUCACAAUCCCGCCCUCCGAUGAUCUCCUCUACCUCCUCGAAACCGGUCUUCCUGACCACCUUGUCGAAAUCAGCCUGGCCCUACCGCUCGUGUCUGUUCCGCCCCACAAUACCACCCUUGCACACAACAUUAUGCAGGUGGUGAUGGGAGCCAUCUCGCACAUCGACAAGGUCAUCUUGCGCAACGUUCAUCUCAAUUCUCGCAUUUGUCUACCCACCAAAUGCAAUGUCUUGAUCAUCCACGUUCGCGAAGAUUGCCCUUGGGACAAUAUGGCCGAUGAUGACGCCAUGUCCAUGAUCGAACGCGAGAUCGGGGAUGCGAACGACAGUCUCAAGGACACGGUCAUCCACUUCGUCGAAUUCGGCGCUACAUUCGACACUGGGGGCCGCGCCAGGCAGUCGAGUUGGAAACGGCGUUUGGGCAAGUUGUCACGACCGCGCCCCAGCUUCCACGUCAUCACACGCUCUAUUACGUAAAUACCUAUUGAGCUGGACGCGUCGCGACACUCAUCACUCAACACUCGUCAUUACUUCCUCGUUUGAGACACCCCUCUUGUUUAUUCCGGUACAUCACAAACAUCAUAUCGUACCAGGAGCUACGCAUAUCUAGGGACAUUGCUAUCACCCCACUUACACAGCAAUACAUCUCUAAGACAGCAACUCAUGAGAAAGCGCAGCAAGCCAAGAGAACGGCUUAGUCAGUUGGGUAGCGAAUAUGGGAAAGUUGAGUAAGCCAGUAGGGCUCUGGAUGUCUAUAUAAGUAGAUAGUUUUACAUAGAUUCGAGGAUCUCAGCGACCUCGAAUACGUCUGACUUGCCUAUGAACUAGGAAUCGCAA